AUGUCGGUGAAGACGGCACACACGACGAAGGGCCUUGUCGAGGCUGCCAGGACGUAUCUGACAGAGGGCACCUUUGCGCCAGACAAGGCAGCGGACCUCCUCCAAGCUGCGAUCCAGCAAGACCCCACGUAUGCAAAUGCCCUCGUGUUGCGGUCUUCCUUAGCCGCCCGCCUCGGCCACCUGACGUCGGCCCUCGCUGAUAUGUCCCUCGCAAUCGAGAUGGACAAGGGCAACACUGAUCCGCACCGCCUCGCGUUCCUCUACGGGGGCCGGGCAAACCUGUGCUAUCGAAUGGGCCGGUACGUGGACGCCGUCACCGAUCUGCGGAGCGCACUGCGAUGGGAGCCGGAUAAUGGGAUGUGGUGCUACGAGCUUGCGUGCGUGCACAUGAAGCAGAGGUCCGUGAACCUCGCGCAGUGGUGCCUACAGCAGACCCUGCAGGAGCCGAUGUGGUCUCGCGUCAACGAGGCAACGCGACCGAAGGUGUAUGCCCUCUAUGGCCGCAGCUGCCUCACCAGCCGUGAGUACAAGAAGGCAAGGAUGCUGCUUCACAAGUCCGUAGAGGCAGGAGGGGAGGAGCCCGCCGCCGUGCUGCACGAUAUGGGGCUGGCGCACUACUUUGAGGGCACCUCCCUUUCGACGGCCGUCGAGUACCUGACACGGGCGACUGAGGUGGACACGCGACCGCUGGAGUACCCCAUGCACCUUAGCCUCGCACUCGUGCGCAGCGACAGAUACGCUGACGCGCUGUCGAGCAUGAAUGAAGCGGUACUGCGAGGCCCCGAGGAGGGCUGCCUUCGAUUCUACCGCGGCUGCAUCGAGUUGCAACUGGGGAUGGGCCCGCAGGCGAUCAUGGACUUGCAGGCUUCCACAGUGAUGGGGGCGACCAGGCAAGUGAGAGCGGAAAAGACACCGCAGAAGACCGCCGCCCACACGAGCGUUGCCUUGGGACUGGCUUACAUCUUCUGCGGUAAGGAUCUCUCUUCCGCGGUGGCGUCCCUUGAGGCUGAGGCGCUGCGCCAGACCCGAGAGGUGUCGACGCGGUUGUACGGUCGCUUGCUACUUGGGAUUGUGCGCCACGAGGCGGGUGAGCGGCACGCCGCGCUUCGUGCGCUGCAGAGCGCGUUGCAGGUGCUGAGGGAGACUCUGUGCACCCAUCACAGCAGUGGCAGCGGAGAGGAGGCGAGGUCCCAUACGAGCGAGUUGCCAAUAUGCGUGGCGGACGUGGAGAUACUGACCCUCACACAUCUUGGGCUGGUGUACAGUGAUUGCGGCUACACUGACCUCGCGGCACGUCACUUCUGCGAGGCCCGCCAACGCGCCAUUCAGCAGCACCGCGACGCCGCUCAGAAGGACCUCUGCGACUUCCGACUCGCUGUGUCGCAGGUGGAGAUGAAGGACAACCUCGGGGCACUGCAGACGCUGCGAUCCAGAGCCUUCAGCGGAGGCGAGUCACCUAUAACGAGUGCCGCCCCACCCUCGCCACCGAAGGCCAACUCCGCCCCUACAGAGGUGAUCGAUGUCGAACCGCUCAGCGCCAAGUCGCCGACAGAGCAUGUGAAGCGCCAACAGCUCACCGUUCCAUCCAUCCGUGCCUUCAAUACUGUAAGUCAGUGCUUAUCACCUGGAGAGGUGGAACACCUACACGCAGUUAUUCUUCGACGCCUGGGUCGACUGGAACUGGCGCUUUCCUGUGCAACCGCCGCGAUCGAGGCUCAGCAGCGUGUGACAGGUGGGGCCUCUGCCACCACCUCCUUGGCUGGGGGACGAGCUGUGCCGGCCUUUUACUACAACCGCGCACUGGUUUUCUUCUCUCUCGCCCGCUAUGCGGAGGCGCUCGUAGAUGUACAGGAGUGCAUUCAGGCUUGCAGCGAGGACGAGCGUGCCAUCCCGCUUGGUGUUGAAGCGGCUGACCCGUACUACCUGCAGGGUUGCAUCCAGCACUCCCUCGGCGCGCACGGUGACGCCCUUGACAGCCUCACGGAAGCGCUGCGGAUCAAUCCCUCACUGCAGCGCAUCCCACCCUUUGACUACGCGUACGGUGUGCUGCUGGCGAUUGUGGGGCGACUCGGUGAGGCCCUCUCGGCUUUCACGGCUGCCAUUACUACCCACAACGAGGAGGUUGCUGCUUCGGUCGCAGGAUCCGGGCAACAGCACCAGUACUCAUGUGGUAAUGUGGAAUGCGCACCUCUUGCGUAUCACCAUGAGCGUGCAAAGGUCUAUCAGCAGCUUGGCAACUACGAGGAUGCCCUCAAGGACUAUAACGUGGUUCUGAGGUGCACCUCGGGGUCACCACUGACCGCGCCUCUUGAAGUCGGUACGUCGAUCAUGGCGAGGCCCUCGUCGUGGGGUGCGCUGGUGAACCGCGCACUCACGCUGAAGGAGCUGAAGCGGUAUGACGAGGCAGCAGUAGACUGGGAUGCUGCGCUGCGCAGCGAUCGCAGCGGCCUCCUCGCCUCCUUAACGAGUCACGACGUGUACGAGCUGCCGUACUUGCACCUGUGCUUACCUGGCGCGGAGCUAACUGCCUCAGCACGCUGA